CAUUUGGGAGAAGUCCCUCCGCCGCAUGUAGAGCCGACUGAGCGGAAGCAGAGCCUCAGUCAGUCUGCUGGCACAGAGGGAGGCUGCAGCCACUUCUCCGGCUCUUUAUUCUUCACAGGUAUUCUUUCCUCGCUAUCUAGCAGGAACAAGUCACCUGGAUUUAGUUUCAAAGAAGAAGAAAGACAGAAAGAAAAGACAUUUUCUCUCGUGCACUUCCCCACCCGAUGUGAAAAAGGAGCGCAGAUAAAAGAGAAGAGAAAUGGGAGCGUUCAGGCUGCUGCUGAGGAGUUUACAUUACGUGGGACUCUACGUGCAACUUAGUGUCUGCACGAGGCAAGCUGGACACGGCGAGAUAGAGAACCACAUCUCUGGGAACGCCAUGUUCACUGAGGUGCCUCAUGAUAUGACGGCUCAGAGAGGACAGGAUGUUGAGAUGGCAUGCUCCUUUAGAGGGGCUGGAACACCCUCGUAUUCACUGGAGAUCCAGUGGUGGUACAUCAGGAACCACGUGGACUGGACCGACAAACAGCCCUGGACGACCAAUGAGGUGGCUACUGAGGAGGAGAUGCCAAAAGAUGCUACAAAGAUAAGUGUUGUGAAAGUUGUAGGAAGCAACAUCUCCCACAAACUCCGCCUCUCUCGAGUCAAGCCCUCUGAUGAAGGCAUCUACGAAUGCCGUGUCAUCGACUUCAGCGACGACGAAGGUGCCCGCCACCACCGUGUCAGAGCCUACCUGCAGGUGGUGCCGGAGAGCGACAUCAUCGACAACACCCACAACGACAACUUCGAGGCCCUUGAUGACACCAAGGGAGGAGUCGAAUUCAACGAUGGAGACGACAUGGAGUCUCACCGAGGCACCAAAGAGCACGCUCAUGCUCAUCACCAGAACCACGGGCACCACCAGGAGCACGGCAAGCGUCCUUCAUCGCCAUCCCACCACGGCCACAGCCACAGCGGGAACAGCCAGCAGCACAAGGCGGGCAGAGAGCUGAGGAAGAGGGAAGCGGACAGUAACCACAGCCACAAUGACUGCAGCAACGAGCCCAGCUGUGCACUGUAGAUGUUUGCUUAAAUAGACCUGAGUGAUGGAAUAACGUAAUGUGUGUCACAGCAUUAAAAAGCUACUCUUCCUACACAGUGUAAGCUUUUGUACAAAUCCAGAAUACAAAGAAAUGUGCUGUAAGGCUUAUUCGACUGUGCCAGGAAUGUAGCUUUUUCUUGCUGUGCUUGGAACUGGGUUGGACUGCUCACUGUCUUUAAAGCCUGGCUUCACCACAUUCAGCUAAAGGGGGCUGAUGUGUAGAUCUAAGCAGCUCCUCUGUUUCUGUUCUCAGCACCAACAAAAAAGACCCUGUCUUACGGUUAACUCAUGCUUCUCUUGUACUUCAGAUACUGUAAAUGACCCAGCUCAGCUUUCUCGCUCAUACUCCCUCCUCUGCCUUACUUUUCAUUUGAUGCACUCUUGGUGGAAAGGACAGUAUUUUACCUUUUGUAAAUGGGUUCAUGCUUGGUAAAAGAAUAUGUUUCUUUUUGCUGAGAGUGCACUGAAUGAAACCACACUGUCAGUGAUUUUUUCCUGGACAUGACGUCCAGUCGGAUUCUUUAGCUUUCCUCCUUGAGCACAAUCUACAUCACAUCUGUUUGAGUAUUCAAAUAAUGGACAUGAAACGGUGCAAACUCUGCAAUCACCUUAAACUCAACAAGUGAUUCUGUGUUUACUGGCAGGGAGACAGAGCAGGCUUUCUUCAGAACAAAUCUAUCAUUGAUGGAGAAAGCCUCAGUUCAUCUGAGUUGAAGUAAAAACAAUAGAAAGACUGGGAUUUAUACCACAAUUGUGUGCAAUUCAAACAAAGCACAUCACAGUCUGUGUUUACUCCACAGUGCUUGCGAGCUUUUGAGUUUGCAGCACAACAGAAAAUAUGAUUUUUUCUUCCCUUUGUGCUGCAGGUUCGAUCCGUUCAUGGUUGUUCAGGCUGAGAGAAAUCAAUCAUGUUGUUCCAUUUGGACGGCCACCUGUUUGGAAAGCCAUGAAAACAUCUAAAUCUGUGGCACUAAAUUAAAAAUCUGAUUUGGUGUGCCUCUGAAUCAACUCUGUGGCCAUAAACCAAUAGAAGAAAUCCAUCCAUCUUGGUGCAAGUUACUUUUUGGGAAGAGCAAUGCUGUAUUUCUACCCGGGCUCAGCUCUCUCACCCUGACGCUCAUCAAUCAUUUAAAAAGCCUCAAUCCUCUCCACUACAAGCCUCUAAUCCACUCUGUAUAUAUGACUGUAUUAUAGGAAAUAAAGUGAGUGCAUGUUCAGUAA